CACCGUCCAAGCUAAUCACGCGCCUGUCCUGAUUGCACCUUGUUAGGUUUCUCCUUUGUUUCCCUCGUUCUGCUAACUCCGUAUUUUGAUGCGAUUCUUCUUCUAUGCUUCUAUGCUUUUCUGCUUUUAUUAGCUAGUCAGCUCCUGGUUGUUCUCGCCCCGCGAAUCUCAUCCCGUUGACGAAGUACAGCAGCACCCAGGGCUGGUUGGCUUCAGUUCCCUCUUCCACCUAAACGGACUUUUCUACCCCCUGGAUUCAUCGUUGGAUUUGCCAACCCCAUCAUACAUGGCCGAAGUCGAGCCAUCCCUAAAUAUCCCUUCCCUCCUCACUCUCGCGGUUGUAUCGUUCUUCGUCAUCCGAUGGUUUUUCUCACGGCCUGGAGACGGGAAUGGGGACAGUUCGGACUCGAGCAGAGGCACCCGCCCGCGGGUCGACCCUGCGCAGGUUGAGCAGAUUGCGCAGAUGUUUCCACAGUUGAGCCGGAGGGAGAUCAUGUGGGAUCUACAGCGGAACGGAGGCAGUGUGGCCGCCACGACAGAAAGGGUGUUAGCUGGACUGGGAUUAGAAACUCCUCCUCCUUAUUUUCAGCCAAAUAUUGUUGCAUCUCCAAGUCCUGCAAGCACAGCGGCUUCAACAUCACCAGCCCCAUCCAAACCGCCUGUGGAUGAUCUCAUUUCUCGAUAUAACCUGAGUUCGCGACUUCAGGAAGAAGUCUCCGGGAGUACGACCGGUGUGGAUACCGGCUCUGACACCAUCAUGCGAUCGGAAAGUACUUGGUCACAAAACAAAAUGGAGCGGCAACGGCUUUUACAGAAACGCAGGGAUGACAUGAUUCUAGCGGCAAGAAGGAAGAUGUUGGAGAAAGAUCGCGUAGCCGCUCAAUUAUAACAAAGAGUAUUCGCCAAUUGAAAAGGGAGUUUGUCUCUUGCCUCGGGCUCUCUGUAGGACUUAUACGCUCGCAGUCCCGCCUGACGAAGAAAGGGCUCGACUUCUCACAAUUUUCUACAUGAAGAAUAUUUUGUUGGCCCCCGUAUGGUUUCGAGCCAUCAUCAGAUUUCACAUUAUUGACAUAGUUUUUUUUGAUGUUUCUUUGUGUCUUCGAACUAUAGAGAUCAGGGAUUGGGUAUGCAUGUCCCCAGCCAGUGACUCACGGCCCUGCAUGAUAGCUGAUCCUGGUUAUGUCUGCCGAACAGCUACCACGAGAUAUCAAAUCUUCUGAAAACGAGGCUUUCGCUAUCUACCAACAUUAACUCAAAACAGGAUUCCUUUCUCGACUCCCCAAUACCUUUCAAGCUCGCCCUUUUCCAUCCUGGUUUGUAUCGCUCAAACCUGACAAUAUCAGAAAUACUCGAUCUUCCGGGUUUAGGAAUACUCAAAGAUUCGCUUAGAUUUUUGGUUGUCGCGCGUAUAUAGCCGUACCACCUUUGAGAAUGUUUUGUUUUUGCUCCGGAUCUUCCCUGUGACGCUUUUCGAUCCUAAAAGCAUAAGCUAUAGCUGUAGUCCACCUUGUAAAUAUAGAGUGAAAGAGAGAAGGUUCUCUGGGAUUGCGCGUAAGCUCCAGUGCCGAAGAGUUUAUCAAGUCUUCAAGCUGGGUCUCUAAGUAGCAGUGCCUAUCUACUGUCCCAGCUUUAAUCGAUCGCCAGCCGGACUUCAAUUGAAUGGGUGGCUGUAUUCCCCCGAGGCGAGAAAUUUCUUCCGAUAAGGUCGCAAUACCUAACGGGUGAUCUUGAGAAAUGCUGUUGGUGGACGCAAUCGCAUCCACCUUCUGUCCCUUGAUGUCGUAUUGUGUCUCGUAAAUAAAGCGGAACGACCAUGAGGCCUCAUAAUUCCAUUUCAUCAUCUUCGUCAUAGUCAUUGCGCAAAUCGUCACCUGCUUCUGCCUGCUCUCUCAACGCUUCCUCUUUUGAGGCGCCAAUUUGUC